GAACAUUGGAAGGUGGGCGGGACCAUAUCAAGUGCAAACAUGGCGGCGUCCUUAGAUGAUGAUUUUGAGUUUGAUAACCAGGACUACUACUCUCUACUCAACGUCAGGAAAGAGGCUACAUUGGAGGAGCUAAAGGCGUCAUAUCGGAGGCUGUGUAUGCUCUACCAUCCUGACAAACAUCGAGACCCAGAGCUGAAAAGCCAGGCUGAACAGCUUUUCACCCAGGUGCACCAGGCAUAUGAAGUGCUAAGUGAUGCUCACUCCAGAGCCAUCUAUGACAUCUUCGGGAAGAAAGGGUUGGAGGUUGAAGGCUGGGAGAUGGUGGAGAGGAAGAGAACUCCAGCAGAAAUUCGAGAGGAGUAUGAAAGGCUGCAGAGAGAAAGAGAAGAGAGGAGGCUGCAGCAAAGAACUAACCCCAAGGGAACCAUCAGCGUGGGCGUGGAUGCCACAGACCUGUUUGACCGCUAUGAUGAGGACUUUGAAGAGAUGCCAGGAGGAGGAUUUCCUCAUAUUGAAAUCAACAAGAUGCACAUUUCCCAGUCCAUAGAGGCUCCUUUGACGAACACUGACACAGCAGUGCUGUCUGGUUCGCUCUCUACACACAAUGGCACUGGAGGGGGGAACAUUAAUAUGACCGUACGAAAGGUUACAUCAGCCAAGGGCUGGGGAGAGGUGGAGUUGGGUGCAGGAGACAUACUUGGACCUCUCAUUGGUUUGAAGGUGUUUCGCAAUCUCACUCAACGGUGUUUCUUGACAGCUCAGUGCGGUUUGCAGUUCUCUCCUCGAGGUUUGCGGCCAAGCUGUUCUAUGAUGACAGCGCGCCACCUGGACCAGAACACCAUGGGUUAUCUGCAGUGGCGCUGGGGGCCCAGCAGCGCCAUGACCACCAGCCUGGUCCGAGACACAAAGAGCAGCCACUUCACUCUAGCUCUGCAGCUGGCUGUGCCUCACUCCUACCUGAUGAUGAGCUACCAGUACAAGUUCCAGGAUGAGGACCAGACUAAAGUGAAAGGCUCUGUGAAGACCGGUUGGUUUGGUACUGUGGUGGAAUAUGGAGCAGAGAGGAAGAUCAGCCGACACAGUGUCCUGUCAGCCACUGUCAGCAUCGGGGUCCCUCAAGGAGUCACACUCAAGAUCAAGUUGGCACGGGCCAGUCAGACGUACCUGUUUCCAGUCCACCUCACAGAUCAGCUGCUGCCUAGUGCCGUCUUCUACGCCACCGUGGGACCCCUGCUGUUCUACAUGGUCAUCCACAGACUGGUCGUCAUCCCUUACACAGAAGCACAGAAAGAGCAAGACCUGGAGCUGCAGAGGAAGAGCUCGGCCACAGACAUCGCCAAGAAAAAGCAUGAGGCAGAGUCUGCUGUUCUGCUGAUGCAAGAGUCUGUGAGGAGAGUCAUAGAAGCGGAAGAAUCCAAGAUGGGUCUGAUCAUCCUGAACGCCUGGUAUGGAAAGUUUGUGUCAGACACCAGCCAGAAGCAGGAGAAAGCAAAGGUCAUCGACGUCACCGUGCCUCUGCAGUGUCUGGUCAAGGACUCCAAACUCAUCCUCACCGAGGCCUCUAAGGCAGGGUUGCCGGGCUUCUACGACCCCUGUGUCGGAGAGGAGAAGAGUCUCAAAUUACUGUACCAGUUCAGAGGCGUCAUGCACCAAGUCAUCUCUGCUGACAUUGAGUCGCUACGGAUACCCAAGCAAUCUCACAGAAUUGAAGCCGAGUCCUCCUAGGAGCCCACUCCUGUUGUCGCACCGGAGGGCAAAAUGCAGAUAAAACAGACUUUGUGUCAACAGAAGAAUGGAGGGGACACAUCAACAAUAAGUUUGUUUCUCUCCUCUGGUCCUCUUCUGUCAUGGUAUUUAGUGAAUCUGUUUAUCCAGUUCCUCCAUUCCUCCCUCUCCUUUGGGCCGUCUCCGAAGGUUCAGCCGAAUACAGGAGUCAGCUCAGAGUUUCUACAAAGUGUUGCCCUUUGUGUCUCCUGGUCUGCUCCACCUGGCAGGGCUGCGCUGCAGGAGAUCAGACACUGGCCCUGAACAUAGUUUUAUAUUUAUGCACUACACAGAGAGACCGACGGUCACUGCGGACGUGGUGACCAUUUCCGUCAACGAUGAGCUUAAAGUGCGCAUAAAUUAAAAAAUGUUUCUUGACAUUUGUUAUGUCAAGUAUAUACAAAUGAGCCGUGCUGUAAUUUUACCCCAUAUCAUUGUCGUCUUUGUCUCGUAUGUGUAUCACCCGGGUAGGUUUGAAUCUAAUACUGUUAUAUAAUAUAUAAUACAUGUUUUUAAAAUGACACUAUGCAGGAUCAUGUCUCAGUGAGCGGAUUGAUUGGGUAACUCAUGUUUUUGUUCACUUGUUGAAAUGUCUCACCCUAAUUUAUUGUGUUUAGUGACAUGUCUGCUGCUCAGGUGUAAACUGGUGCUCAAACCUUUUAUCUGUGAAGGUCAGGAUAUGGAAGUUAGGAGGGAAAGUGAUGCUCUUUGAUGGUAGUGAUCCAGCCAAGGAGAGACGGGCUUAAAUCUUUCAUACAGAUUGCAAUUUAAAGGCAGACGUUCCCCUUCGAUUUGAUUUGCGUCAGUGUUUAUGGAUUGUUGCUGUGUAACAGCAGCCCAGACUAAAUUUCUUAGUGAUUUUUAAUAAGUGAAGGUUAGGUUUGUACUUCACCGGUGUACAUCCAGCAUUAAGCCAAUGAUAACGGUAACUACUGGUAUGGAUUUGUAAUAAAUCAGCAAAAAUGGAGGUAUGAAUACAGAUUUUGUUGUUGUGAAACAACCAGUAGAGGGAGUAGGUCGACACUUUCCCUCAUGAAGGUUGUGCUUGCUGCUGAAAAGGUCACUUGUGACUGGAGCUGACCUGAGCCACACUAAAAUGACGUUCCUGAUUAUGGCACAUUUGACUUUGCUCAGUUUGUUCAUCAGUCCUGUGCCAUUUAUUUUAAUUAGAUUUUCUGUCCCAUUUUUUUUAAUUUUUACUUUUUAUAUUGAAUUGAUCUGCUAAUGCCAUGUCUCUUCUUAUACACGGUAAUGUAUGACAUGCUAACACCAUGCACACACUGUCUUUUAGGUGAUAAUCCACACACUAACAUACCUUUACUGUUGCUAUUUUACUUAUCAGAGUGGCAAUGUUGACAUGUGAAAAUCUAAUAUCCUAUGAUGCACUUUCUGUUCAGAUGUGUUGCACAGACGUUUUAAUGUGUGGAUCAUCACUAACUACAAAAGGAAACACGAAAGAGCAACAGUUGGUACAUUAUUCCUAUUUUUGUCACGGGCUACAGGGAACCCCUGUAAACACCAUCAAAAGUGCUAAAGAUUAAACGGUUUUAUUGAAUACAAAGGUUGCACAAAAUGUACUGUAUUUAAAACGUAUGAGAAGCUAGUUGUCAUGAAAGUGGUGUUGAAAGCUGUAUACUUUGAACUCCAGAGUUUAUAUCUAAGAAGAUGACUAGUCCGGUUGAUAUAUUGUGCCCACCAUUUAUUAUUAUUAUUUUUGCUGUGACUGACCUGCAAAACCGAGGUGUGUGUAUGCUCAGAAAUAAAAACAGUAAGCAUUGA